AUGUUUGUCAUACCUGUGUUAGUCUUUAUCAUCCCUUCCGUUGCAAGUUGCGAAGAACCGAGAUGCAAUAAAACGUCGUCAGUCCCAAAUUCUCGGCUACUGGGACUUGCGUUUUUAGUACAAGAUGCUCAAAACCUUGGAGAAUGCAUUGAUAUCUGCAACAAGCAAACACAGUGUAGAAGCGUAAACUUCGACUGGGUUAACUUUCUAUGUGAGUUAAACAAAGCUGAUGUCCAUAUUGCUCCUCAAAAUCUUAUGACUGCCAAAGGAUAUGUGUACUUGGAUACUCCAUGGCCAAAAUUUCAUCUGGUAAGCUAACCUACCUUGAAGUAUUCCUUAAAUCUAACCAGUGUGUUGAAAGCGAAAGAAAAAAAAGCUAACAUACACAUCAAGAGCAAAAAAAAUUUUAUUAGUAAUAUUGUUACCCUUCUAGUUCAAAUCUGAUUCCCUGUCUUCCUUGAAAUUUUAUUUCGAUACCACGCAAGAGUGUGACAAAACUAUUAUUUUAAUGUUGAAAGAAAUAAACAAAAACAAAACAAACCAGAAGAAAUGAAGUUCGAACGUGAUGUUUUCCCACUACCCACCCCAACCAGCUCAGUUUUGCUAACCGUGGGUAGUGAUAAAAAUAUAUGAUUAAUUUGACCAAUAUAAUGACUGAAUAUUAAAUGAAUGAUCCAACUUCAGAGGGACGAUACGCAUCCUCCAUUUCAAAUUCGCUUGGAAAAAACUAGGAAUGUUCUAGUUUUAGCUUGUAGGCGUAUUGAAAAUGGUUGAAAUGUUGCUAGUAAUGAUCCCGAGACACAAGGCAAAUGCCCUUAUGAAUGAAGAAAUAAAGGAUAAAAUAAGAGUAAUCACGUUUUUAUGUGGCGCCAGUGUCCUAUAAUUAAGUUCAAAGACAUUUUACAAAGAGAAUUAAAAUAAUUCAGGUAUGUUUAAAACACGUGCUGUGAGUGUUUCAAACAACUUCAAAAACUGUCUCUUGAAUCCUUUGUUUUCAGUUGGUGAAGCUAAAUAAUGCAUUUUCUUUUUAAAGCUGGUUGAUAAGAAUAUAUGUCAAACAAAAGCAGCCAAAUUAAGGAAGGUUGAUUAUGUUUAUGCAAACAUAGCAACACUGAAGAAAAAUCUAAAGGGCACAGUUCAAGGGUCUAAUUGCCCUCAAGUCCCCGCUGUCUUACAGACAUUUCUCUUGUAAAUAACUCAGUGUACAAGAUGAAAGAAAGUACUCGAGGAGAGUGUCACUAAAUGUUACUGCAACGCGACUUACUGGGCCUUGAUAAUUUUAAUGGACUUGCGUUGUAAUGGUAAGAAGUGUCAGUUAUGACUUCGCUCAUUGAUAGGUAAAGUAAAGUAAAGUAAAGAAAAACUUUAUUUACACAGGGUAGCCCAUUCAGCUCUAAGGCUGGUCUCUAUAGGGGCCCUGUAUCUUAAAAAAUUAAUUUACAUCAAGAAUUUUCAUGAACUAUUACAUUUAAUUUAACAAGCCUAAUAAAAAUCAAGAGAGAAUGAGCAUUCUCUCUUGUAAAAAUACAAUACUAGAAUUUAAGCCUAAAAAUACGAUGCAAAAUCACAUUUUAAGCCUAAAAUAGUAAUAAAAUAUCAAAGUUAUGAUAAAAAUUAAUGUCUUGCUCGGCGGUAGAACGUUUGAAUGUCUUCACUCUUCACAAUGUUUAAAGGGAGUUUGUUAAAAAAUUUUGUGCCAGUGAAAAGAAAGGUCCUUUUCCCAAAUUUUGUUUAACGUUUGGUAGGGAUAGCCUCAUACGCCCUCCUGUUCACACGAAUCCGGAUAUUUUAGAAAACGCAUAUUUGUUACCCGGAUUCGCGUGGAUGGGGUCUUACACUACUCUGGAGAGCGGUUUCAAAACAAUGUGGUUUCCGUGUCCGGAUUCACUGGUUUGGUGUGAACAGAAGGCCGAUCCAUGUAAAAAAGAAUACGGUUUCAAAAAUAUCUGGAUUCGUGUGGACGUGGCCUAAAUCCGCUCAUUCAACUGGACAAUAUGCCCUCUGAAUAGCAUGAGUGAGUUCUGUACCCUGCGAGCAGAGGCUACUUUUUCGCUGUGUGAGCUGGCUGGCGAAAAGUAGCCUCUGCAGACAACCAAUCGUCCGGUCUGUCGUCAAAUGACACGAGUUUGGCGGGAAUAAAAAAAAUGCGACAACUCUGAUUUGCUACACAAGAAUCACGCAAUGCUCUAAACCGGUCAAGAAGAGGAAAAUCCCGCUUUUUUAAUUUAUUCGUCCAGAUUCAGGGACCGCGGAGACCAUUUUAAGGUGGUAGGGCUAAAAACUCUGGACAAUAUAAAGAAACAUUCAGGCCGGUGUUUCGCCAUUUAUCUUGCAUUUGCGCGCCACCUUAUUUACCACCUCAACAAAUAUAACAUAAACGUCCACACGUGUUAUACUAUCCAAUAUAGCCAAUAUGUUAAAUAAACUCCUGAGGUUGCUACUUUUUGAAGUUGCCCGAAGUGCCGAAGCUUCUCUUGCGAUUCUUAUUGCGGGAAAUAAACUCCUGUGUAGCUAUAGAGACACUGUCUACGUAUUCUCCGCUUGUGACCAUUCAACACUGCUAGGUCACCCAUCCUGGAUAGAAGCCACGUCUUCAGACGCCGUGCAGAUGAGAAUGAACGCUCGUCAACAGCGCUGGUUGCAGGAUUUACAGCAGGCAGCUUACAGAUAGUUUGGGCUUUGUCUUGGUUUUGGAAACUUUGACACCGCCAACAGGAUUUCGUCAAAACAUGCUAUCUUCUCCUAUAACAUAACUUCCAAGAUACUUAGUUGCAUGCCCAGGUAGCGCCCCUGUAUCAACAUCUUCUCUGCAUGAUGCUUCAAGGCUUGAACUCUGCCUCAUAUUCGUCACCAUUAGCAGCUUUAAUCAAGAGGGUCUCCAUCUGGGCGUAGGAGCUGAAGCUUUCCUGAUAGAUAGCCCUGACGAUAAGAUCAACAGCCUCAUAAUAGACCCUUCUAAAGUGAUCUUUGGCAGUUUGGGGGUAGCUUGGUGCACCAGCACCAGCCUCCAGUCUAGCCGAAGUGCAUCGCUUUCAGUGGAAGCGUUGGUUUACCAAGCAGGCCUCGCUCUUGCGCGAAAUAUUAGCAUAGACUGAAAUGGUCGAGGCUUUGAUCACUGGGCAUUUUUUUGAGCGUCUCCUUUGUUAGAUAUGCCAAUGUCAGGCCUUGUCCACUGACAGCAGCCACCUUGGUACCCUUAAGAUCCUUAGAUAGAUUAUCGGUGUGGGAAUGAAGCCGCCCUCCAAGAUGCAAACCAAAGAAAAGGUCAAAUCGUUCCAUUUAGGUCUUACAUCCUAUUAUCCUUGCACGCACAUCGGGUUGUAAUCGUUCGGACAAGCAAACAUCCCCCUCUUCCAUAAGAACUGCAUAGUUCUCAAGGAUUCGUCGAAAACAACUGGUUCUAACCGUCCACCUUUUACAGAAAAGUCCAAUAAUUCCACGAUAACUUUUUCCAUGUUAACUGAAGCCCUAGAAAAUAAAUCCCAGCAAAAAAGUGGUAGGGCUAUAGCCCUACCAGCCCCUCCCCCUCCGCGGUCCCUGAGAUUUCUGGACGGAUUUGAACGGUUGUCGGCAGAGGCUACUUUUCGCACGACAGCUCACACAGCGCAAUGUAGCCCCUGCUCGCGGGGUAUAAGUUCUGUUAAGCUUACUGUAAGACCCGCGCCUUUUCACAAGCUUGAUUUGUCCUCAAAGUACAUAUUUCGGAGAAACUAAUGUAGAUAUCUUCGGGUAGUUCAUUCCAUAGUUUCAACAUCCUCCUUGUGCUAAUUAAAUUUGACUCCAAAUUUUAUGAUUCAGAGAUCAUGUGCGCAAAUUCGGCAGCUGGUUCCAAAUGCUAAAUCUGGCUACUACUGGAUUUACGUUAAACGCAAGAGGGCGCAAGUGUACUGCGACAUGGACAAUUAUGGUAGGGAUGCUUUUUUAGGAUUCAAUUAUAUGGUCUAAAGGAAUGAAGGGAUCAAAUCCAUGCAACGUUUCAUUUGUGAGAAUGCUAAAAUUGGUCUUUAUUUUUUUAUGCUCACUCGAUUUGGCAUGUUACGGGCGAUUCAGGGAUGAAUGAGUUGAUGAUUUGAUCCAUAUGCUCUGUGCAAAAAUUCUGGACCUCACUCUGUCAAAUGACAGACUGAAUUAUAAGCUUUUGAAGGAUUUUAUCUUUAGGCUAGAAUAGACCAAAAAUAAAUACAUUGAAGAACUGUACUGACAGCUAUCCUUAAAAUGACGUUAUAAUCUUACUGGGAUUAACCUUUCACUGCCAAACGUACCCAGAGUCAAAUUUAACAAAAUCCUAACUUUAGUUUCGUCAUUAAAAAAUGCUGAAAACAAAUAGAGGACACUAUAGUAAGGAGCGAAUUAUCCCUUUUUGCGGUGGAAUAAAUAAACGCCAAUGGUAUCAUAGCCACGUUAAUGCUUUCGUCCUCAAAGUAACGAGUAUGAUAGGCUAUGACGUCAUCAGUUUUAAUUUAUUCUAUCGCAAUCUAAUGAGAUUCCCUCACAAAGAAAGGAUAAUUUGGUCGUAACUAUACUACUUAGUACAAUGUCUAAGUACUUUCAAAGAAGUCAGUGUCAUUUGAAUGGAACACCAUAGGAUUUUCUCCAUAAAUCCAAAAGUUAACCUUCGGAUGGACACGCAAAUUCAUACCCCCCACCGUGGUACAAGGGGACGGGGGGUUGACGGAACCCCUCCCCAGAGUUUCUGAUAUGUUGCAGUAUUUCGAAACGAUUUUGCCCUAAGUGGAAAGCCUUUAAUCUUCUCAACAAAAGUUUUCUUUAUUUACCCAUUCCUUCGUCGGCUGAAACUUGGAAAAUCGUUACAAAGAAGGUGUGUCAAUUUUUCUACGCUAAAGCUGACAUUUUUAAGCGAGAAAAAUCCGUAUUCUGGAAAGCAUCUUUUUGCAAAACAAGAAUCGAUUACGCGUGCAAGACUUCGUGGACAAGACUUUGCGACUGGUAAGAAUUUCUCUUUUAAUCAGUGCCAUACAAAGAGUUUUGCGUUUUUCCUCGGGAAAGUUAUUUUAUAAAAGCAAUAGAAAACUGUUUUUCUGUGUUUGCAUAGCCUGAUAUAAACACUUGAGGCGUUGGGAGAAUUCUCGACGGUUAUGCAAACCCUGGACUUCGUCUCGGGUUUGCAUAACUGUCUCGAAUUCUCCCAACCCCUCUCGUGUUUAUAUCAGGCUAUACAAACACGGGAAACGUUUUCUAUUGCUUAAAUAUUUAUGUUCUUGGUAAUGGUAAUUUUCAGGUGGAGGAUGGACGCUGGUUGUAAGCAUAAGUUCCUCUAGUAGGGAUCAUCUUUUGAAUAGAGAGGUCAACUGCUACAGUCCAACACGUUGUGUUGAGUUCUCCAGCUCCCAAAUUCCUGGCAGAAAACUUUCAGACGAGAGCAUUCACGCAAUUUCCACGUACGAAGGUAAGGCAAUCUGA